AUGAACGUUGAUCCGAGUAACGGAUGUGUUCCUCCUGCCCCACCACCAGCACCGCCACCACCGGCUUCACAGCAGACCAUCAACGAUGCAUUCAACGUAAAAGAAGAGCCAGAAAAAUUGAUCCAGCUAACAAAUGCAGCAGUAACAGCAGCCAGUACAUUGGCCGAUAUUUCGUCAGUUCUAUCACAGCCGCAGCAGCAGCAACAGUACGGCAGUACCAUGAACGUUGACCCGAGCAACGGAUGUGUUCCUCCUGCGCCACCACCAGCGCCGCCACCACCGGCUUCACAGCAGGCCCUCAACGAUGCGUUCAACGUAAAAGAAGAGCCAGAAAAAUUGAUCCAGCUAACGAAUGCAGCAGUAACAGCAGGCAGUACAUUGGCCGAUAUUUCUUCAGUCCUGUCACAGCCGCAGCAGCACCAGCAGCAGUUCAGAAAUUUCAAUGAUAGCAAUCUGGUCAGCAGCAAUGCGGCAUAUGGUGGUAAUGGAGCAUCCCUGUUGGGACUACGUGCAACGUAUCGAUGA